GUGAUAAGAUAAUUGGAAUAUUCGUCACAAAUGUCAGUAGGGCGUGGAGCUAUAGAUGUUCUGGGUGUUUCCUCUCUCUCAUUCAGAGCUGAACAAUCCAAAGGAACAAAGUACAAAAUAGUAAGCCUUCAAAAACGUUUAACCUCUAUUUUUUAUGUAUUUCCUAUUUUCAGCUUGGUUUAUAUAUUUUACUGUUCCAAAUAGUCCCUUCUUUUCAUCCAGUUUUUAUUCCGCAUGACCUGGCGAAUAAUCAAGGUGUUUUAUCUUUUCAUGGAUUUAUUAUUACUUCUUUCUAAUUUUUUAAAAAUUUUUUGGUGACAAUCUUUAUUUAUUUUUUUCAUCACAAAACAAAUUUCUAUUUCUAACCAACUGCAUUUUAUGUAACUUAAUGAUACUCUGAUGCACAAUUUAGAAAAAAGAAAUCUAUAACUAAAAAAAAAAAAAAUGUCUGAUGCACAAUUUAGAAAAAACAUUUAGACAAAAAUUAUUUUUUUUAAUGACAUUAGUUCGGAACCUCCAACACUUGUUCAUUUGAUGGCUCGUCCGAAUUUCACCAAUGAAAAAUAUUCUGGAAAACAAUUUGGAGCAACAAAAGAGGGCAUGAAAAUGGACCAAUAAUAAUAUAGUUAUAAUAAUAUAAAAAUAUUAUGUAAAUAUUUUGCAGUACACCGAUAGGCACAUUUUCCUGCUAUUUGGCUCACGGAACAUUUAGUGGCUGUCCCUUAGACAUCAAUCAUCUCUUUUUUGGUGCCACAGGUAGAACUCUAAAGUUUACAAGUUACCACUGCUCUAUGAAAUAUACUCCUCUAAUAUUAACAAUUUCACUCCAAGUUCUUUUACAAACAUUUUCUCCAGAAUUUUGUAGGUUUUUUAAAUUAUUUUUUACAAUUAUCUGUGAAACUUAGCCUUUUAAUAUAUAAUGUCAACAUACUUAAUAUAUUACUAUACGACUGCAUUUGCAUUUUUCUUUCUUAGCAGUACCCGUAAUAAUGUUCAAUAAAGAACACUGCGGACGUACAUCGGAUCUAUGUACCUUUGAUUUGAUUAUAUCGCCAUCUAGGGUAUGAUUUGUUUCAUGCGGUGUCACGACUGGGUGUAUUCAAGCUUUAAUUUAGCAUUUAGGGCUAAUUUUCUGUUCUGCUCAUUGUUCAUAAACAGAUCCAGAAAUCCGUUUUCAGGCUUCUUAAAUGUGUUGCUAACAUUACACAAGAUUUACAAAGACACCAACAAGUAUAAAUUGUUUACUUUGUAAAUUGAAAUUAUAUUACUUUUAUGAUAUUUUUAUUUUAUGUUUGACAGAAAAUAAAUUACAAAAAUGCAAGUGAUAGGAGAGGAGACAAGAAAGGCUUAACUUAAUUAAGAUUACAAACUAGAGGAAAGUAUAAUGAAAUACAAGAAGAAUAGGUACGUGUCAGAAGGUGUGACACCUGUCUAGCUAACAUAUAAAAGGGAGUGCCGUCAGGAGAAUUAGAGUGAAGAGGUGAAAGGACAGGAGACUAACAGUGAAAAGAGACAGAACAGACUGGCUUAAAGCAAGAGAUUACUCCGAAAGGGGAUAAUCUUUCACAAAUUCUUCUUAGCGAUAUAAUUACUUGAUUGCUCUACUGUAUUCCCAGAUGAAGAAGUGAUCUAUUAAAGCACCGGAGGGUGAGUACUGUGCACAAUAUUCACAUUAGUGAAGACUAGAGGGAGGUCUGCUAGGACCAGUAGGGCAUUCCAGAGGAAUGGAGAUGUACUUGAGAACAAAUGAAGGUCACUAUCAGAACAGUGUGAUCAGGAAGGCGUUUAUUUUUUAAUCAGCAACCCAUAAAUCAGUUCAUUGGAUUGCAUUUUCACUCAAGCUAUACGUCCGAAUAUAUAUAUUUAAGUGAUAAUAAAAAAAAAAAAGAUAAUUAAAAAAACUAAAAUGUAAAAAAAGAAGUGAGAGAUAAAUCAGAAAAAGAAACAAGUAGGACAUGAAUAAUAUCCUACGUGAUUUUGAAAACUUACCCUAUUUUAACAGUUUCAGGACUUGCUGCACCACUGCACAUCGCAACAUUUUAAAGUGUAUAAAUCUCAAAGUGUAUAUCUUAAAAGUCGGGAAUAAACUCUGUGUACUAAAGAAAUAAAAUAUAUUCUCUAAACUGUGCAUUUUAAACUCCCCCCAAAAAAUAAACACUUAGAAAACUGGUGUGACGAGACCAAUCUCGCCACAUUGCAUUGGAGGAGCCUGGUUGCCCACCUGCUGCCUUUGGAUUAUGGACCGGCAGCUAAAGGGUUAAUUUUACUGUGCAGAAGGGUUUAUCUCUCCCUUUCUGCACAGCCGUUCGGUAGAUUCUAUCUACCGAACAAACAGACUUCUAUCAGCCUCCCCAGAGCCGUGGGAAGCCGGCCGGCGCCGUUAAUUGGCCACCCAGAAGCUGGAGUGCGCCCUCCAUUUACCUCCCUGAAGCCGCGGUUAACCGCGGCUUAACGAGCGUGUGCCGGCAAUUGACCACCCAGUAGCUGCGGUUAACCGCAGCUUAAUUGAUUGUUACUGGGUGGUCGCGGUUACACUUAGCCGCCACACAAUGGCGGUGUUCUGGAGCUCCCCGGGCAGCCAGCGCUUUUCUGCCCGGCUUUCCUGCACCAAACUCGGACACUUUUACGUGCAGGCACUGCUGAACCUCCAACCCCUGGUUCUAAUUCGUACGGAUUUAACGAAUGCAUGUAAAUUCGGUAUUUUAUGUUGGAGGAAUGUUUUAACCCAGAUAGCUAUGCCAUGGAGCCUGUUUGUGGAAUUAAAGACUUUGGCUCCAUGGCAAUUAAACUGUAUUCGUGUGGUCUGAGUGCCAUCCACCUAAUAAUGUGCACUCAGACCUGAGCUAUCUGGGGAUAUGUUACAUGUAUAUAUUUACUGUACCAUUUGUCCCAUUAUGUAUUUUAAAGUGAUAGUCUGUCUUUGUGUCCCCACAUGUGUAAUGGAGUUUUGCCUUUGUCCUGGGAGAUAAUUGAAUUACUUCUCCAAGGCAGAGGGGAGGAAGCCAGGAUGCAUCGUGGGGAUGUUUUACUUCUGUAUGUCUGUAAUUGGUACAUGUCUGUCUUUUGUUACAGUCUUCCAUCUGGUCCCCUAGGGGAGUGUCCACCAGGUGGGAGACCUGCAUAAAUACUGGGCAGGUAGCCCUCAUUAAACAGACCACUGCUUGACCCUCAACACAGAGCUCUGUCUUGUCUUUGGGGGGAUUUACUGUAUGCUGAUAGAGACUGAUUGCCAGGAGUGUAAGCCGCUUGGGUGCUUUUCCUGUUCGUCUGCUAGCAGCUAUUCGUGAGGUUCCAGUUCGAGUGUUUGGAGCAUUCCCUUGUAUGCAGAUCAAGUGUUUGGAGCAUUCCCUUGUAUGCAGUUCGAGUGUUUGGAGCAUUCCCUUGUAUGCAGUUCGGGUGUUUGGAGCAUUCCCUUGUAUGCAGUUCGGGUGUUUGGUGCAUUCACUUGUAUUCAAUUCGUGAGUUUUGGUGAUUCUACAGUAGCUGUGCCUGUCUCUGAAAGGGGAUUAUCGUCUAAGCGUUUUUUUUCCCUUUUGAGCAAAACGGUCCGUUACAACUGGUUUCUUCUUAGUUCAAUAACCUAAAACAAAAAAUGCCAGUGCAAAUAGUGCAGAACAGUAAGAUAAUAAGGUAUAAGGAAAGGCAGAUUAACUAUUAAAGCGACAAACUAAUUUAAAAUAAUACAAAAAUCAAGAAUGUGUACUGGCACUCUUCCAUUCAAAUAAGUGCUGGAUAUCUAGGUAGCCCACUCCAACUACCUCAAAACGUAUGUACAAAUAAGCUUAUGAUACAGCACUCAAACUGGCUUAAGAGAGAUAUUUACAAGUAUAUAUAAUUUAAAAUAAUAACCUUACAUUUUACGUGAUUUAAAAGCAUUGAAUAAUGCAUUACUAUGGGGAUAUCCUAAUGGGAGCGCAGCCAUUGGCGUGCAUGCGCAUUAGUUCUCCCCGAACGAGAAGGGGAGCCAGACCUGCGCCAGCACAGAGGUAUAUCAGCGCUGGAGCCAACUACGUGACAAUAGUUUUUUUUAUCCCCUUAAGACCGCAGGGCGUUCUAUGCCGUCCUUAUUUAGAUGGCCCUGCGAUCUUAUGUACUUACCCAGUCGCUGGCGUUCCCACGCCUGCGAUCCCGGUAUGGAGACUCACCUGGGAGCCCAGGGAGUCCCCCUCCGUCCUCUACAGCCCUCCUGGGCCAUGUGAUCGCGAGGUCCUUGCGAGGACCUCACGAUCACAUGGACGGCAUAGCAGUCCAAGGCAUUGCCAGCAGGGGGAGUGCCUGUAAUGACAGCUAGUCCCCCUGCUGUCUGAAAAUAGAAUAAACGUUAAUACAGUGUCAAAUUUAAUUAUAUAUACUUAGAUCAUAUAUAUUAUAUUUAUUAUAUGUAUGAUCUAAGUAUAUAUAUAUAUAUAUAUACACACACACACAUACAUACAUAUGUACACAUACACUGUCUAAGCGUAUUUUAAUAUUAAUAUAUAUAAUUAUAUAAACAUUAAUAUCAAAAUACACGUACAAUGAUAUUGAUUAAAUAUAUAUAUAUAAUUUUCAUUAUAUAUAUAUAUAUAUUUCUAUAUAAUAAAAAUAAAUAUGUAAAUACGUUAAAUAAAAUUAAAAAAACUAAUAAAAAAUAAAAAAUAUAUAUACAUGUGUAAUUUCGUUCUAACUGUAUUUUAAAAUUAAUAUAUAUAUAGAUAUCAAAAUACAUGUAGAACGAAAUAAUAUAUAUCUAUAUAAAUAAGUAUAUACGUAUAUAUCACUAUAUGUAUACCUAUAUAUAAAUAAAAAUCAUUUAAAAAAAUGAUAUACAUAUAUAUCUACACACAUAUAUACACACGUAUAUAUAUAUAUAUAUAUAUAUAUAUAUAUAUAUAUAUAAUAAUUCUACGUAUAUAUGUAUGUAAUAAUUUUACAUAAUUAGGUCAUUUUAUUAAUUACAAUUUGCAGGACCUGCCUGACAACCCAUGCCGAAAGUAAAGGGAAUUUAAUUUGCUAGCACUAUAUUUAACCCUGUAACUUUCCAAGACACCAUAAAACCUGUUCAUGAUUCACUGAACACAAAUAUUAGUGUUUCAAAAAAGUAAAAUGUAUUACAACGACAAUAUCGUCAGUGACAGUGACAUUUUUUGCAUUUUUCACACACUAAUGGCACUUACACUGACAAUAUAAUUGUUGUGAUACGUUUUACUGUUUUGAAACACUAAUAUUUGUGUUCAGCGAAGUCUCCCGAGUAUAACAGUACCCCUCAUGUACAGAUUUUAUGGUGUUUUCAAAAGUUACAGAGUCAAAUAUAAGGCUUGCGUUUCAGUUUUUUCACAUUAAAAUUCGCCAGGUUGGUUAUGUUGCCUAUGAGACCGUACGGUAGCCCAGGAAUGAAAAUUACCCCCAUGAUGGCAUACCAUUUGCGAAAGUAGACAACCCAGGGUAUUGCAAAUGGGGUAUGUGUAGUCUUUUUUAGUAGCCACUUAGUCACAAACACUGGCCAAAAUUGGGUUCAAAUUCGUUUUUUGUAUUUUCAAAUAUUAUCACUAAUUUUGGCCAGUGUUUGUGACCAAGUGGCUACUAAAAAAGACUGGACAUACCCCAUUUGCAAUACCUUGGGUUGUCUACUUUUGCAAAUGAUAUGCCAUCAUGGGGGUAAUUCUUAUUCCUGGGCUACCAUAUGGUCUCAAAGGCAACGUAACCAAUCUGGCGAAUUUCAAUGUGAAAAAAAUGAAAAAUGUAACAUGCCAUAUUUGACCCUGUAACUUCCCAAAACACCAUAAAACCUGUACAUAGGGGGUACUGUUUUACACGUGAGAUAUCGCUGCAAACAGUGGCGUACAUACCAGGGUCGCAGGGGUCGCGGCUGCGACUGGGCCCGGCCCACCAGGGGGCCCGGCCGCCCCUGCGACCCGGUAUGUAGCCACAGGGCCAGCAUCUUCCCCUGGGGAGCCCAGGAGCCGACCACCCCAGGGCCCCCCGAGGCUGGCCCUGCUGUCACCCGGCAGGCGGUCGGGCAGGCAGGCGCGUGAGGGAGCACUCGGUGCUUCCUCUUCAGCAACCUCGCGCACCGCACUGAUACCGGAGCCGGAAGAUGACGUCAUCUUCCGGCGCCGGCAUCCCUACGCGGCGCGCGAGGGAGCUGAAGAGGAAGCACUGAGUGCUCCCUCGCGCGCCCGCCUGCCUGCCCGACCGACCGACCGACCGGCCACUCGCCCAGGAGCCCAGCAGCAGCACCACUGGACCCCAGGGAAUCCCCCCAGCACUCCAAAAGGUAAGGAGGCUGGGGGGAUUAAAUAAAAUAAAAAACAUGUGUUAGUGAGUGUUAGAGUGAGUGUCUGCUAGUGAGUGUUAGUGUGAGUGUUAGUGUGUGUGUCUGCUAGUGAGUGUUAGUGUGAGUGCUAGUGUGUGUGAGUGUUAGUGAGUGCUAGUGUGUGUGAGUGUUAGUGAGUGCUAGUGAGUGUGAGUGUUAGUGUGUGUGAGUGUUAGAGUGAGUGUUAGUGUGUGUGUCUGCUAGUGAGUGUUAGUGUGAGUGUUAGAGUGAGUGUGAGUGUUAGUGUGUGUGUCUUACUGAGUGUGUGUGUUAGUGAGUCUGUUUGAUGUCUGUUAGUGAGUGCGUGUUUGUCAAUGAGAGUGUAUGUUUUGUAAGUGAGUGUGUAUGUAUGUCUGUCGCUGAGUGUGUCUCUGUUAGCUAGUGUGUAUGCGUUUGUGUGUGUGUGUCUUCAGCACUUACCUUUCUCCAGCGCCGGACUCCAUUGGCGCUGAGGAUCCCUCAGCCUCUCAGCUCCGAAUGCGACCGCGCACGCAUUCAAACCGCCCAUAAGAAAGCAUUACUCAAUGCUUUCCUAUGGACGUUCAGUGUGCUCCUCUAGCGGCUGUCAGUGAGACAGCUACUAGAGGCUGGAUUAACCCUCAUUGAAACAUAGCAGUUUCUCUGAAACUGCUAUGUUUUCAGCUGCAGGGUUAAAACUAGAGGGACCUGACACCCAGACAAUUUAAUUGAGCUAAAGUGAUCUGGGUGUCUGUAGUGGUCCUUUAAGUGUGUGUGCAUCUGCAUGCACUGGCGUACAUACCGAGGUCGCAGGGGUCGAAGCCCUGUAACCCCUGCGACCAGGUGCCCACCGCCAUGUGUUGCGGCCCGGCCCGCGCGCGGGGGGGGGGGCCCACUGAUCAAUUUUCGCACCGAGGCCCCAUGGGUCAUGUGUACGCCACUGGCUGCAAAUAUUUGUAUUUUAUUGCAGUAAAAGCAAACAAUAUUUUGACAUUCACAGUUAAAAUGUCACGUAGAAUUAACCCCUUCAGGACGGAGUCAAUAGUACACGUUCUGAUCAACAAAACGUAAACAAAACCUGGAAUUUGCGCUAUAUGUCUGUUCAACCGUUUUUCACCUCUUUCAUAUUAAAUGCACCCACACUUAUUAUAUAUCAUUUUAUUCAGGGGAAACAGGGCUUUAAUUUAUCAUUAACUAUUCAUAUAUGGAACAUAAUUUUUAUUAUGAAUAAAAUUUAAAACAAUUUGAGAAAAUAAGAUUUUUUUAAAAUUUGUAUUUCCGUCUGACAUUUUAGCUGUUAAUGUCAUAAUACUGUUAGGUUUUACUGCAAACAAAAAUGCACAUAUUUGUAAUCAGCGAUGUCUCACAAGUACAACAGUACCCCCAUUAACAGGUUUUAUGGUGUUUGGGAAAGUUACAGGGUCAAAUAUAGAACGUUCCAUUUUCAAAUUGAAAUUUGCCAGAUUAGUAAUGUUACCUUUGAGACAGUGUGGUAGCCCAGGAAUGAGAAUUACCCCCAUAGUGUCAUACCAUUUGAAAACGUAUACAAGCCAAGGUAUUGAAAGUGGGGUAUGUUUAGUCAUUUUUAGUAGCCACCUAGUCACAAACACUGGCCAAAGUUAGCGUUCAUAUUUGUUUUUGUGUGAAAAAAGCAAAAAACUAAUCUUUGGCCAGUGUUUGUGACUAAGUGGCUACUAAGAAAGACUGGACAUACCCCACUUGCAAUACCUCGGGUUCUCUACUUUUGCAAAUGGUAUGCCAUCAUGGGGGUAAUUCUCAUUCCUGGGCUACCAUAUGCUCUCAAAGGCAACAUAACCAAUCUGUCAAAUUUCAAUGUGAAAAAAAUGAAAUGCAAGCCUUAUAUGUGACUCUCUAACUUUCCAAAACACCAUAAAACCUGUACAUGGGGGGUACUGUUAUUCUCGGGAGACUUCACUAAACACAAAUAUUAGUGUUUUAACAGUAAAACAUAUUACAACAAUAAUAUAGUUCAUAAAAGUGCCGUUCGUUUGUAAAUAAUGCAAAAAACGUCACUUUUACUUAAAAUAUCAUCGUUGUAAUACAAUUUAUCCUUUUGAAACACUAAUAUUUGAGUUCAGCGAAGUGGGUGUUGUGUGUUUGUCAGGGUGCUGUUUGCGUGUGCGGGUGCUGGUGUUGUGUGUGGGUUUAGUGUGUUUGUGAGGAUGCUGUUAGUGUGCUGGGUGUGUGUGGGUGCUGUGUGUGCGCGAGGGUGAUGUAUGUGUGUGGGUGCUGUUGGUGGGCUGUGUCUGCUGUGUGUAGGUGCUGUGUGUCUGUGUGUGCUGUAUGUUUGGGUGGAGGUGGGGGCAGAUUAGUUAAUAUCCCAGUCCUGCUGCCUUUCCUGGUGGUUCAGUGGAAAGUGAACUCUAGCCCAGGUUCUCUGCUGCCUUCCUCCAUGCUGCUGUGGACCGGUGAGGUAGAACUUUGAUCUCCCCACCGGCCCAUGGAGGCUUAGACCAGAGCCGCCGCUCAGAUAGCGUCGGCUCUGCAUGAGCCGACCGGGGCGAUCCAGAGAUCUCCCCUGCCGGUCUCAAUCCCCUGCCGCGGGUAUUAGGGGGUGCCCAGGCACACCCCGUGCGCACGCCUAUGGAAGUGAGGGAUGGGGGUGACAGCCUACAUGAAGGAGCAGGAAGGUAAAGUAAGAAAAGGAGAAGGAACAGAAAUGAGCAGGAAGGGACAUCAAGGAGCAGAAAGGGGCAGCAAGGAGCUGGAAGGGACAGCAAGGAGCACAAAAGGUAAAGUAGGAGAAGAAGCACAAAGGAACAGAAAUGAACAGGAAGGGUCAGCAAGGAGCUGGAAGGUAAAGCAGCACAAAGGUAAAGUAGAAGGAGCAGAAAGGGUCAGAAAUGAGCUGGAAGGGGCAGAAGGAGCACAAAGGUAAAAUAGGAGAAUGAGCAGGAAGGGCCUGCAAGGAGCAGGAAGGAGCACAAAGGUAAAGGAGCAGAAAGAAUCAGAAGGAGCACAAAGGUAAAGUAGGAGAAGGAGCAGAAAGGGACAGCAAGGAGCACAAAGGUAAAGUAGAAAAGGGAGCAGAAAGGGUCUGCAAGGAGCAGAAAGGGAUCAGAAUGAGAAAGGAGCAGAAGGGCGCAAAAUAAGCAGAAAGUAGCAGAAAGGUAAAAGAGCAGAAGGGGCCAAGGAUAGAAAACAGUGUCAGAAGAAAAAAAAAAGACUGUCAAAUGAAGGAGAGGAAAAGGAGAUUGGAGCAGGAAGGACAAAUGAAGUGAACCCUCCACUUUAUUCUGGACACCACAUCAUAAGGCUUUGGUACCUGGGCCAGGCAGGGAAACGCUGGACCUUCUCAUCUCCAAAGGUAAAAAAUAUCAGUAUUAAUGUGUUCACUUUUUUUUUUUACUGAGUGUCAGGAAGCACAGAGUGCCGUUGGGUAGGGGUGUUGCUGAUUGGCUAGAGCGGUCAGCUGGCACUCUAAGCCAAUCAGUAGUUCCCCAUUCAGAAAAAAGUAAAACUAUUUUAUGAACCGGGAACUAGCGAUUGGCUUAGAGCGUCAACUGUCCACUCUAGCCAAUCAGCGGCACCUAUGCCUGACGUCAAUCUGCACUUCCUGACACUCUGUUUCAUAAGCCAAAUACCACUGAGCGACCUGGAGCUGGAGGAAGCCUUUGGGGUUAAACCAUUUGAGAGUGAUUUAACCCCUUAAAGGAAAGCGAGCACCCAGGGGCUUCCUGGCAUCAUAGCAUUUUCAUUUAGGUGAAGUUGUUAUGGUGACCAGAAUGGUCCUUUAAUUUGCUUAACCCCUUAAGGACCAAACUUCUGGAAUAAAAGGGAAUCCUGACAUGUCACACAUGUCAUGUGUCCUUAAGGGGUUAAAGGAACACUAUAGUGUCAGGAAUACAAACAUAUAUUCCUGACACCAUAGUUGUGAAAACACUAUUCACCCUGGCUUUAUGUGAUAAUGGCUACGCCCCUUCCCUUUCAUGACACUGUCAAAAAGGUACCAAGCAUGGAUGUUAUUACAAUUAUGCUUCCCCCCCAUCCCCCUGGAAAAAUUCCUGCUGACGCCCAUGCUGCCGGUCACUCCAAUCUAGCGCCCCCGGGCCGGUGUGCCCUAAGGCGGCCACUUGUGCCGCCUUAUGAACGCGUCGGCCCUGCCUGCAUGAAAUCAUUAAUAUCAUACACCCAAAGGAGAAGCGUUCCAGUGCUUUAGCCAAAAUUAUUUGAUAUUUCCCAUUGUUUUCAUUAAAGGUGUGUUGUUUAAAAAAGCGUAAAAGAAUAAAAGGAUUCACACACACUAAAAAUUACAGUAUGUAAAUAUACCACCUAUAACAGAUAUGGGUAUAAUCAUUACACCUGUAAAACAAAUAAAAUACACAUAGUGUUUUCCAUAUAAACAAAUACACAAUGUAUAAAAUAUAUGAGGAAUAAACUCACAAGGCUGGAGCCUAAUAGGCUCUGUGUAUAUCGCCCUUGGGUGCCUAUCCAGGCUCUCGAUAAACUUCCUGUGAAGAACUUGAUUUCCACGAAGAAAUAAAAAUGUGAAAUAUUUUUAUUUAAUAUAGAUAUCCAAUAGGGACAAGUAUGAGGCAAGUAUAAAUAAAAUAAGUAUAACACAGUAUCACAUCGCAAAUCUGGCCAAGGAUAAAAGCAGUGAAAAUACUAAAAUGUAUAUACAAUAUAAAAAUACCGCCAACAAGAAAAAGUCCCAAUAAAAGUCCAAAAUAGAGCAAACGCGUUUCAGCCCUCAAUGGGGCCUUCCUCAUAGGUUGAAGGAAAACCUAUAAAUCGGUAUUAUAAGAAAGGUUGAAGGAAAACCUAUAAAAUCGGUAUUAUAGGAAAGGUUGAAGGAAAACCUAUAAAUCGGUAUUAUAGGAAAGGUUGAAGGAAAACCUAUAAAAUCGGUAUUGUAGGUAAGGUUGAAGGAAAACCUAUAAAAUCGGUAUUAUAGGUAAGGUUGAAGGAAAACCUAUAAAUCGGUAUUAUAGGAAAGGUUGAAGGAAAACCUAUAAAAUCGGUAUUAUAGGAAAGGUUGAAGGAGAACCUAUAAAAUUGGUAUUAUAGGAAAGGUUGAAGGAAAACCUAUAAAAUCGGUAUUAUAGGUAAGGUUGAAGGAAAACCUAUAAAUCGGUAUUAUAGGAAAGGUUGAAGGAAAACCUAUAAAAUCGGUAUUAUAGGAAAGGUUGAAGGAAAACCUAUAAAAUUGGUAUUAUAGGAAAGGUUGAAGGAGAACCUAUAAAUCGGUAUUAUAGGUAAGGUUGAAGGAAAACCUAUAAAUCGGUAUUAUAGGAAAGGUUGAAGGAAAACCUAUAAAUCGGUAUUAUAGGAAAGGUUGAAGGAAAACCUAUAAAAUCGGUAUUAUAGGAAAGGUUGAAGGAAAACCUAUAAAAUCGGUAUUAUAGGAAAGGUUGAAGGAGAACCUAUAAAAUUGGUAUUAUAGGAAAGGUUGAAGGAAAACCUAUAAAAUCGGUAUUAUAGGAAAGGUUGAAGGAGAACCUAUAAAAUUGGUAUUAUAGGAAAGGUUGAAGGAAAACCUAUAAAUCGGUAUUAUAGGAAAGGUUGAAGGAAAACCUAUAAAUCGGUAUUAUAGGAAAGGUUGAAGGAAAACCUAUAAAUCGGUAUUAUAGGAAAGGUUGAAGGAGAACCUAUAAAUCGGUAUUAUAGGAAAGGUUGAAGGAGAACCUAUAAAUCGGUAUUAUAAGUAAGAUUGAAGGAGAACCUGUAAGUAGAGAUGUCGCGAACCGUCCGCGAACUUCUCACGAACGGUUCGCCACAAGCUGUUCGCGGCGAACUCCGGUCAGCUGACACGUCCCGGCCAAUUUCCAGCAGACCCUCCCUCCCAGACCCUCCUACUUCCUGGACAGCAUCCAUGUUGAAACGUGGAUGCUGUCCAGGAAGUAGGAGGGUCUGGGAGGGAGGGUCUGCUGGAGAUUGGCCGGGACGUGUCAGCUGACCGGAGUUCGCCACGAGCCGUUCGCGAGAAGUUCGCGGACGGUUCACGACAUCUCUACCUGUAAGCAGAAUUAUAAGCAAGGUUGAAGGAGAACCUAUAAAUCGGUAUUAUAAGUAAGGUUGAAGGAGAACCUGUAAGUGGAUUUAUAGGAAAGGUUGAAGGAGAACCUAUAAGCGGAAUUAUAGGUAAGUAGGAACAAGGUGAAAUAACAGAAAUAGAUGUUUAGGCAAUAUGCCCCAGACAGGUUGUUACAGUUAUAGUUAAAAGUAUAGGCUAUAUAGAAAGACAAGCAAAUUAGAACAGAACGGAAAGGUAUCAGAAUUCCAAAUAAAAUAGAAGUUUAGUGUAUCAGCCCCAUGUUGGAAGGAGCACUAAUAAAGCAGGUAAAUGACUCCUUGCAAUAUGAGUUAGUAUCGUAGUUCAGGUUGGUAUCAAAGCAGGUUGGUUGAGUAGAUCACGUUCGAAUAAAGCAGGUUGGUAUCACUAGCAGGUUGAUAGUGUAGUUCAGGUUGAUAAAAUAGGAUUGUUUGUAGAGUAUUUCAAGUUGAUAUAAAGAAGCUUGGCUGCAAAGAAAAUUGUUGUGUAGAUCAGCUUGGAAUAAAGAAGCUUGGUAGUGUAGAUAAUAAAGCAGGUAAGUUCAUAGGAGCCAGGAACACAAGUAUUUUCAGGUUGACUAUCAACUUUAAUGUAAAUUAUGAGCAGGGAGUAGCCAUUUGUAGGAUAAUUAAUUAGUCCAGUCAGGUGAAGAUGAGUGAAAGAAUGUUCAGACCUAGUGGUUAAGGAGGCCACUAGUGGCAAAACAUAGUUACUGCAGGUACAAAAUUAAAUGAAAUGACUAAAGUUCCGAAAUUAGAUUUUGGAUCCUGAAAGUCUGCAUGUAAUCCUAGAUUCCUUAAUUACAAAGUGUAAUUUACCUGCAUUAUCAAUGCGUCUUCCAAACAAGGAGGCUGAUUCUCUAAACAUCUUUUUUACUUACAAUUCUGAAACGGUUCUGUUUUGUUUUACUUGUCUCUCUAAAAGCAUAUACUUUUAACUAUAGGUUUUCUCUCUAUCUAAAUAUAUCUUGUUAAAUACCUGUCUGGGACAUAUUGCCUAAAUCUCUUUUUUCAGUUCUCCCAUUUUCUCUUACCUUCCUCUUUAUAAGUCCCUUCUUCCUCUUUGGCUUGCUAGGUAUACUAAAUUGUGUGUAACAAUGUCAAAAGUUACCAAUAAAGAACCAAACUUUAACCCUGGCAAUCGUCUCUUGCCUGACCUGCUUGAUACCAGGACAUCUAGUUUAGUUACGUUUUAGGGAUUUCCCCCAUUAAAAGUGUACCCUAGAUCUUAUCAUCUGGCUCACAAUUUCUCCCUUUCUCUUUAAUUUUAAGUUAAAUCAUAUAUUUAUAAAAUAAAGCUAUUUAAUACGGACUUGUCAUUUUUUUUCUCUUGGUUUUCAUUUCCUUAUGCCCCCCUGUAUUGUAUUGAUUAUACUCCUCUCCUUGACAGUUUAUAUUUAUUAUCUUUUAUUUUCUAAAUUUAUAUUUAUCAUCCUUACUUCUUUGUGCCAUACAUUAUCUGGGUGUAGCAGUUUUGUUCUUUUUACCAACUGAAACAGAACCUUACUUUAAGCACUGCCUCUACUUUUCCAUAUUUAUGAAAACUAUAGCACUGAGGAAUAAAUAAAACAGAUUCAGACAGAAGGAGCUAUAUAGAAGCAGAUUAGGUACAGUUUAUUUUUGUUGACAGUCGCUUUAAAACUACCAUAGUAAUAUUUAUCAUUUGCGCCUCCUUUUUUCCCUGAUUGCAGGAAUGAUAUGACCCAUUGAAUAAUCCUAUACUGUUUGAAUGCAGGAGCUGCGCUUACAUUUUUAGCAAACAUUUCAGUAUUAUUUCAGUAACUUUUAACUUCUGUCAUAGAAUUGUGUUCCUUUCCAGGCUGGUAAUCAUAACUAGACUAAAAAUGAUGGUGAAUAAGGCUUUAUUGACUAGAUUUCAUUCUGCAAAAUAGAUGAAAAUAAAAACGUUUAUACUCGAUUUGGGCAUGAAGUGGUUAGGGAGUUAAAAUGUAUUUAUUUUAUUUAUUAUUCUUAAGUAUCUUUAUUUGUAUAUAACCUCAAAGGAAAUGUUUCCAGUUCCAUAAAUAUUAUGUCUGAUAUAAACACUACAUGUUUUUCUCUACCUAAGUACAAUGUUUCUCACUUUUUUUUUUACAGAAUUACAAGCAUUAUCUUCACGCCAACAUGGUUAAAGACCGACGUUAUAGAUUAUGUAUUUUAUUGAUUUUCUUACCUGGACUGCUUUUUAUCUUUGGAAUGAAGACUAAUUUUAUGAACAAACGGUCAGUGACGCAAGAACACGAGAAAAGCAAUCCAUUUCCUGAACAAACCACAAUUGCAAAGCACCUUAAUUCAACCACUAGGCAUCCUUUGGCACCUCCAUACCCGUACCCCUACAGGUUUCUCAUCAAUUCGCAAGACAAAUGCUUAAACCGGAAGCCAUUCCUUGUGAUCUUAGUGAUUAGCGAUUGCCACGAUGUUGCAGCUCGCAAUGCCAUUCGUCAAACAUGGGGCAAUGAAAGUAAUUAUAUUAAUAUUGAUGUGGUCAAAGUUUUUCUGGUCGGGAUGUCUUCUAUUGCAUCUGGUAGAAUACAGACAAUGCUAGAAGAGGAGAGUGAGACUUUUGGUGACAUUAUUCAGCAGGACUUUCUUGACAAAUAUUACAAUUUAACGAUAAAAUCCCUAAUGGGCUUUCAGUGGGUGACACAAUUCUGUCCAAGUGCCAGGUAUGUGCUUAAAACAGACAGUGACACAUUUAUAAAUGUAGAAUAUCUUGUCCAUCAAAUCCUAUUUCCAGAGAAGCCAGUUCGUACUAACUAUUUUUCAGGGAAUAUAGUUGCUAAUACAGGACCUUUAAGAGGUAAAGCAUAUAAAUGGUACAUACCUGUGGAAGUCUAUCCUAAUGACACAUACCCUCCUUACUGCUCAGGACCCACGUAUGUCUUCUCAGUAGACAUGGCAAAGAAGAUCUAUGACAUUGCGCAAAUUAUAAAGGUAAUUCCCAUGGAAGAUUCUUUUAUGGGGAUUUGCUUAUAUCACAUGAACAUUCCACCAACUAAACCUCCAAAAAAUGUAUUUGUCGGGGGCAGGAUUGCAUACGAUCACUGCAAAUUUCAGAAACUUAUUACAGUUCACCACUAUCAGAAAGAAGAACUUAUUAACGUGUGGCAAGAUUUUUGGGGAAAUAAGACAUAUAAGUGUUAAGGCUGCCGAGUAAAGAAAAACACCAAAACAAUGAUAUAUAUAUAUAUAUAUAUAUAUUUAACAGUCUAUUAAUGUCCUAUGUAAUAUGUGCAUUCUUUGUUUAUGUAUUAAUAAGUAUUUAGCACAAUGAGAUUUUAUAUUUUUUUAUUGACCCCUUCCAGGUACCCUUUUAAUGUAAGGGAUUGUAGAGGCACAAUAAUCUCAUGUAACAAGCCCAAGGUCAUGUUCCAUAAAUACCUUGACAUAAGACCAAAGCAAUAUAAAAAAAAUAGAGUGGCACUCCAGUUUCUUCCCCAUAGUGACUCCAGACCAGGGUGGACCAUCCUUAGUAGAGCAAUAAUAAUGAAAUAAGUUGAGACGGACACAUACAGAUGGUGUUAGACAGGUUUAUUGGAAAACCUUUCCAUAUUUCGGCUCCCUCAGGAGAAAGGCUCCUGUGGGAGCCGAAACAUUGUAUGGAUUUACAAAGUUGCAUUCAAAUGUCAGAUGUCUUCUUGAAUCAACAAGCUUCUUACCCACUGUCACCAUCUCCGCACUUCCCUCUCCUCUCCUCAGGCCAGUGUCAUCAUACCUCCAUCCCAGUGUCAUCCUCUUCCCUGCUCCCCUCCGAAGUCUUACCCUCUCUCUCCCUACUACUAUCGGUGCACCUUCGGAAGUGAAAAGAGAGUCAGAGAAUGACACAAAGUUUCAUUCCUUGCUUAAAGAAUGUCUUAAUAUUGUUCUAAUUCUCUUAAACCGGUAGCUAAUAUAACUCAGAGAAGGAAGGGAUACACGUGCAUCAGUAUUCAGAAAUUGAAAGCUGUUUUAUUAAAAAACAAAACAAAAAAAAACCUCACUAAUCAAAAGCUUAUAUACUGAUAAUUAUACAAAUUUGUACAUUAAUUAGGCACAAUAUUAGUAGAUACCUGGUAAUAGUUAUGUGUGAAU